AUGUCUGCUACAUCAACCGUUUACGUUGGCAACCUCGAUCAAAGAGUCACUGAUGCCAUGUUGCUCGAGUAUUUCUCACCCAUGGGGUCUGUAGCAAACAUUAAGAUUGUCGCUAUGCAUAGACAUGGUCCUUUUCCUAGUGUCAAUUACGGUUUCGUCGAAUUCGUUGAACCUGCUGCUGCUGAGAGAGCCAUUCAAGAACUGAACGGUUACAAGGUCUUGGACUAUGAGAUCAAAGUAAACUGGGCUCAACAAACUCAACAAGGUCAAAAGGAAGACACUCCUAGUCAAUAUCAAAUCUUCAUUGGCGAUCUUGCACCCGAGAUUACCGACGAUUUAUUAUCCCAAGCCUUCAGCGUUUUCGGUACCUUAGUAAAUGCUCAUGUUAUGAGAGACACCAUGUCUGGAAAUUCUAGAGGUUUUGGUUUCGUUGCCUAUCGCGAGAAGUCUGAGGCUGAUCAAGCUAUUGCCUCUAUGAAUGGUGAGUUAAUGGGUUCUCGCAACAUCCGUGUCAAUUGGGCUACUCAAAAGGGUCAAUCUGAUACCCCUCCUCCUCGUCCUGGACAACAACUUCCUUACGAAACCGUUCUUCAACAAACACCUGCCUAUGUUACCAGUGUCUAUGUUGGUAACUUGCCUCCCAACACUUCCGACAAUGAUUUGUUACAACCUUUCCAAAGAUUUGGUUUUAUUCAAGAAGUCAAGUUGCAAGCCGAUAGAGGAUUUGCUUUUGUCAAGCUGGAUACACAUCAAAAUGCUGCCAACGCUAUUGUUCACUUGCAAGGAAUGAAUGUCAAUGGUCGUGAAGCCAAGUUAUCAUGGGGAAAGGAUCGUGCUCCCAACAACUGGCCUGUGUAUAACAAUGGUUACAAUAAUGGUGGUGGUCAACGUCAACAGAGCAACAACUGGCGUCAAGACAAUAGAAAUUAA